GUUCUUUUAGCCAAGGAACGAACUACAAUGCAUUUUAACGAGUGGCCACAGUGCAUUUUAACACGAAAUUACGUUUUUUUUAAAUAUAGGUUAGGUAUAACUCUCAAACACCGAGAAACAUUAAACACCCAUUUUUCCGGCUUCAAACACAUCAGCUAUGAGGACAUGUUUACUUGCUGCCUAAUAUAUCCCGGUCACUGACAGGUGCCAUGGUAACAAGAUAAUCCGUGUUAUUCACUUUAACUGUCAGUGGUCAUAAUGUUAAUAGGGCUGAUUGGUGUAGAUCAUCUUUAGAAAAGCUUAAAUAUAUUGAAUAUAUUGAGUUGAACUUAAAACAACUAGAAUAUUAUAACCACCCAUGCGUAUAAUAAUUUAUUUGUUGUAAAAAUGUUUAGUGAAUAUUUUGGCCUCAUGUGACAAAGAGCUGCAUUAAUCAAAAUAUACAAAAUAUCUUCAGGGUGCUCGUAAUCUAAAUCCCAUCCCGUAUAAUGCUGAAUAUAUGGGCCAUAAAAUUCACCUGGACCAAAACGAGAAGCUUGUGAUGUUUGGAGUGACGCAUGUCGUGGCAGUUGAUGGCUACAGCAGCAAAAUUGUUGCCAAUGCCACCAUGCCAGUGAAAAACAACCUUGUGAUUUAUGAGGAAGUUUACAGAUCUGCAGUGGUUAACCAUGGGAUGUGGGACCAAGUCAGGGUUGACCAUGGCAAGGAGUUUUAUAUGUGCUUGUACAUGCAAGAGAUGCUGUCAAGACAUAGAUACAACCCUAGCAGGCCACCAUACCUUCAAACAACAUCAAAAAGGAAUCUUCGAGUGGAAAGGAUUUGGCCCGAGGUGAACAAUCGCGUGAACUACCCACUGAAACACGCCCUGGUACACAUGCUGGACCAAGAAGUCCUCAACAUGGAGGACAAUUUGACUAAAUUCUGCAUUUCAAACCUGACAUGUCAGUUAAGUCAAAUUGGACUAGGCAGAGUGGUGCAAUCGUGGAAUGCACACAGGAUCCCAGGCCGUGGGAUACCCAAUGAACUCGCAGCAGGUGGCUGUCCAGCUAAAAUCUCUGAAGAGCUGUUGCCCAAUGCCUCUGUUGUGGCAAACAUGUAUGAGCAAGAUUUUGGAUCCUCGCUGACUUGGGAGUCAGUAUUUGGAACUGACCCAUUUUCAUCUGAGGAGGAUAGAUGUCAUGCAGAACAAGACUUUGCAGAUACCUACCCUGACAUCUCUCUUCUUUUUAAUCAUGUGGUAAACAAUGACUAUACACCUUUCCAAGAUGCCUUGUUGCACUUAAUAAAUGUCACCCAAAGAUAUGUCUGAAAAAAGUAACUGGAAUGCUGUGGUAUUGAGUAGCUAGGACAUCAGACUUUGUUAGUGCUGAUUCAAAGUUUGUCCACCAUUUAUGCUAUUAUAGUUUUGAUAUAAAAUCACUGUUGAAUAGACUAUUGAUCGGUCUCAGUGUGUUUUGUUCUUUACUUCAUCAAACUGUAUUCAGUCUGCAUACAGCUUCUAUUGAUACCCUCUUAAUUGUUGCAUUUUUUACUGUAUG